AUGGCCGACGAUAAAGAACUGCGUGAGACUGUCCGCGCUGCCUUCGCCUGCUACGACGAAGACGGAAGUGGAUGGAUUGAUGCAGCCGAGCUACGCCAUCUCGUCUCGGAUUUGGGAGGUGUUCUGACGGAGCGAGAUUUCCGCAAAGCGCUUCAGAUUCUAGAUCGUGAUAGCAACGGCGUGAUCGACAGGGACGAAUUCACGGAGUGGUGGGUAGGACAGUCGGAAGGAAAUGGAACUGCUGGAGAGGUUGAGAAAGUUCUGGCAAGAUUGAGAGAUCUGGGACGACAAAGAUUCCAUGUCGAUAUCCAUACAGCUUGCUGGAACGGCUUCGAGGAUGUAGUGGAAAGACUUGUAGAGGACGGCUCGGAGCUUGUGAAUCAAAGAGAUUCUUCAGAAUAUGGUAACCAAAAUUCCCCACUGCACUACGCAGCCUAUCAAGGGCACAACUCGAUCUGUGAUAUCCUGAUAAAACAAGGUGCUAGUAUCAAUGGUACGAACGGAUCUGGCUGCACUCCAGUUUUCUUUGCUUCCCAGCAAGGACAUGUGGGGGUCGUCGAUCUACUGCUACAGAACGGAGCAGAACUUCGGAUUGCAGAGACUAAGAACGGUCUAACACCGGUGGACGUGUGCACUACACCAGCAAUAACGGAGCUGUUUAGAAACCUAUUGGGCAAACCUCCAUCAACCCCUGCUGCUCCGACGCUUGAGCCUCUUUCUGACACCGAGUUGAAAAUCUUAUGGUCGCCGCCUCGGCCAAACUUGGACGAGGUUGUCCCAGUGUCAGGAUAUAAAGUUAAGAUUUCCUCAUCAUCAGUACCAGUAAAGAUUGCGCUGGCAGUUGCGUUCCCCACGGAGACUUCGAUAAGUGGACUAUGUGCGGAUACCGAGUAUUCUGCGUCCAUUUGUGCAAUCAACCUUCACGGUCUAAGUGAGUUUAGCGCGGAGUCUGAGCUCGUCAGGACGCGAAAAGCAAAACCGUUGGCACCUGUACUAUGUGUCACUGAUACUGGACCAGCGGAGAUUUCCGUGGCGUGGACUUUAGCAGACAGUGACCGUCAGCCUGGAGUUUCUUGUAUCAUUUACCUGACGUCGCCCGAACCGGACGGGACUUGCAAAUGGGAGUCAGUUUUAAAAACGGAUGACCACGCUAUCAAUUCAACUACAGUGGAAGAUUUGCUUCCUGAUCAUCGAUACAAACUACGGGCAGUAGUUAUUAGUGACGACGGACAGCAGGCUCUUUCAGACGCUGUAGCAGCUAGAACCACCGGAAAAGCGGCAGCUAAACGUAGCACCUCCAGCAAGUUUUUAGGUGCAUCUAACGUCGUGAGAGCAUUCAGUGCAAACAGGAAGGAAGCUAAAGACAAUCAAGAAGCUAAACCAUAGCGCUGCUACAGGAGUGAUGCGAACUAUGGAGGCUCGUAAUACUAAAGUAGAAUUUAAAGGCCCAUCCAAUACACA